AUGUCGCGCAAGCGGAAGUUCUCUGACUACGAGCAGCGCGAGGCCAGUCCGACGUCGAACAAGCGGUCGAAGUGCAAGUCUCCCCAACGAGAACCUGUCGAUCGCACCGGCGACCCCGUCGCCCCCGCCCAGCGCCAGGAUGCAGCCCCUAGCGGCAGCAACCUUCAGGCGUCCGGCGGCAGUGGUAUCGCACCCUCGCCGAGUGCCAAUCAAGCUCUGGUUACGACGGCCCACCCUCGCCAGGCGUUCCCGCGGGGUGGCAGGUCGCUUGUGCAGAAGCAGAAGCUCAAACCCAAAUGCAGGGACGAGAGAAAGCGCCGCUUGCAGUGGCGGGAGGAGGUGAAAACGUUUCCAACGUCUCGGCCGGAUAUCUUACACGACCGCGAAAUUCACCUCACGCCGCCACCGCCAGAGGGCGAGAGGUUUCUCGAAGACCAUGGGUCGGGUGUGGUCCCUGCAGGAGCUCCCUAUAUCACGGCGACAACCCCAGCCUCUCUUGGUUCCCAUCUCGCAGCCACUAGCUCAUUCCAGCCGAGUGCCGCCGGGACGUCACAGACGCAGGAGAGUCGACUUGGCCUAGGAUCGGUGACUCCGUCUCUGGCUCAUUCCACGUUUGGUGGCGAGGAUUCGCAUUCGCCAUGGACCGCCUCCUCUUCCGCGUCCCCUUACUCCAACGCUCUCAUCCCGACGGGACAGGGUGCGUAUACGGUCAGUGCUGCCAGUCAAUGGCCUGACACGCCGUGGGCGCCGGGCGUCGACACGUCCUCAUCGGGGAGCAUGUCGCCACCACUGCAUCUCGCGACGAUGUCGCAGCCCACCAGCGGGAUCAGCCCUCUCUCCGAUCCCUACAACGGGUCCUUCAUUCCUCUUGAGAAUUCUCAGGCGGCGUACGCCAGGUUUCUCGCUCAGUUCGAAGAUGACCGUCUUAGGCGAAUGAGGACCUUCGGCACAACGGGCUCUUCGGUAACGAUCCCCCAAUCAUCUGCCGCCGCGAUUUCUGACGGGCACCCACACGGCCCCGUCGGAGGAGCUGCCGCUUACUAUAGGCAUCGCUUGGAGCUCGCUAUGUCUCCACCUCCGCGCCCAAGGACGCGUCGGUCGGGGAACAUUGCAGCGAAUUUCGUUGCGCCACCCCCGCCAUCGUUUUACCCUCAGACGGCCCCUCAGUGGCCUUCUCUCUCGGAGACGAUGGCUAUCGCAAGACCUAGAAACUGGGACGCACCUGCGAGUAAUGUGGCGUCCGCCUCCAUUGCAGAUGGCGGUUCCUCCACGCGCACAUCAACGGCUGCCUCGCAUAAUUCCAACUCGUCUUCUCCCCGUGCAUAUGCCGCUUCCGCCCAUGUUGGGCUCGGUCAUGGGCCUGCGCACGGCGUCGUUAGAUGGCAAGAGGACACGCUUCCCACAGGGCAGUCCGCCACACCCCGAAAUGACUUGCCGCCAGCGCCGAUGUCUGGCCUUGCCAGCGCGGGAGGGUCACAAGGAUAUCGUCAGCGAGGACAAACCGAGUCGUCUUUGGCGUACUGGAACUUACCUUGA